AUCGCUUUCGAGGCAUCUUUAAGAUGUCCUACACCGGAGACGCCUUUCUCACCCUCAAGACUCGAGUCCAAGCGAAUCCCCUCAAUACCUACCUCGUCACCAGACCUUCCUUUGCGACGCCCCUGCCGGUCGCUGCAGCAACUCCUCUCACCAUCCCCCUUCAAAUUACGUUAUCCGAUUUCAAAUUAUCCGGCUUUGUGAUAUUGGUAUUUUCGAAGCAGAAGGGCAUUACCGUGGUUUUCCGAAAUGAUCCGCUCGAGUCGCUCAAAGUCUCAUCGACGUUCGAUUCCAUCCCCUUCGUGCGCGACUUCCUGCAGAGGGAAAUCGAGGCGCAAUUGCGAAUCCUGUUCAUGGAUGAACUGCCCGCCAUCAUCCACCGGUUAUCCCUUCGACUGUGGGUCCCCGAAUAUCGGACCGGGGAGGAAACGGAAAACGAACCGACCAACGUCGCGGGUGAAGGUCCUGGCCAGGAUCCCUUGGCCAGUCCACCACAGGAUCCCGUCGAUGCGUCGGGCAAUGCGCUAGAUGAGUCAGAAAUCGCUUCGCUCUCGCUCGAUUCGACAGUCGAGACGCAUUCUUUGUUUUCGCAGAAGAAUUUGCUGCGGUUGGGCGCCCUGACGGAUUCCCAGCGAACUCUAUCACUGUUUACUCCGUCCAUUCAGGAGGUGGUAUAUCGCGCAUGGACUUCGCCGUCUGACCAGGCCGAUGUUCCAGGAGGCGUGAUGGCCCCCUUGAGUCCGAUCCUCUCCCGGACCCAUUCCCAGGCCGGCGGGAUGUCCUCCUUCCAGGAUACCGCCAGCAUGGUAUCCACCCACAGCCGAUCAUCGGCAAACUCCAACACAUUCAGCAGCUAUGGGUUGAGUUUGGGAGCUGGCCGCCAUUCGAAGUCCAACGCCAGGAGGCGGAAGAAGCGCGUGGUGGACCUGCGUCGCCCCAAGGCCACGGAUGAUUCUGCCAGCGUGAGCGGCGAAAGCACUUUCACGGAGACCACCAGUGCGCCAUCGAUUUGCUCUGACUCUCUGCCUGUGGUGAGCGAACAAACCGAUGACCCCGUGACGCCCCCACUGUCGCCGGACAGUGGACUCAACCUUCCCACGAUCCCUGAACGACACCGUCUGAGUCUUUCGCGGCCGAUGCCCCGCCGUGACAUUGCGGCCGAAAUGUCCCGGGAGACCGGCGAACCGUCUUCGUCUCGCCCGAUUCAUCAUUCGGCAGCUGAAACGGAAACCACUCCUCGGGUCGCCGUACACCCCCACGUCGCUGCUCGACGUGACAGUGAGAAGCAAGACGCGGGUGUUUCGCGUCAACUCCCGUCGACGGCCCUUCCCUUUACCGACGCGAAGCCGACCUCGAGCAUCGUUGACCAAGCGCUGGUGGAGCGGCUGGCGGGUGAAAUCGCCCGUCGCAUGCGAGACGAGAAAAUGGCCCCGGGCAACCCCUGCAGCUCGUUUUGGGACCGUCUCAGCCAUGAUGAUGCUCCUCCAGCGUAUGGCCAGUGACUGCUCUGGUAUAAGCGUCGCUGUACUUUUUCCUUCUCUUCUUUGAGGCAUCGAGGCUGUUUACAGGACGAUCCUCAUGCUCCAGCCAGCCUGGAGCGUUUCAUGACUGAUACGACGUUGCAUUUUAAUCGUGCUGUGGUUUUCCCCUGGCCUUAUCUCCGGCGUGACUUCUAGCGGGCUUUAGAACUUGUACAUUGAUUGGACUGUACCCAUAAAAGAAUCGGGCGUGUUUGUGCUUUUUUAUCCCCUUCUGCUUUCUGUGACUUACUGUGUGAGCGACCUGUUUCUGAGGGAUACCCCCUGACCGACUAUCUUUAAUUGUCCCUGACCAUCUUUAUCCUUUGUCUUUGUUAUCUCUCAUCGUCUUCUACUGUUAUUGGGGUGGGAUCAGGACUGGAGUCACCGUGCAAUUGACGGACAAAUUGCUGUAGAGAUCCGUGAGCAAUCAAUGCAUGCACGCUUGCUAUAUAA